AUGUCGACGGAUAGUGUGCGCCAUCUUGAAUCGAAACCAAAUCACGGGCAGAUCCCGCUCGCGCCGAUCCCGCGCGCCUCCACUCGCUCUCAUUCCGCGCUCGAUCGCACCGUCCGGCCGCCGGAGCUCCAGGAUAAGCCGCACUGAAGGCUCGAGGCACAGAAACAGGCGAUGAUGGCAGGGGUUGGUGGAGGCAAUGAUUUCCAGUGGUGCUUCUCCCAGGUCAAAGGAGCCAUAGAUGAAGAUGUUGCAGAAGCGGACAUUAUCUCAACCGUCGAAUUUAACUAUUCUGGAGAGUUACUAGCCACAGGAGACAAAGGGGGAAGAGUCGUCAUAUUUCAGCGAGAACAGGAGAGUAAAAACCGCCCGCUCUCAAGAGGCGAAUACAACGUGUACAGCACUUUUCAGAGUCACGAGCCUGAGUUUGAUUACUUGAAAAGUUUAGAAAUUGAGGAGAAGAUCAAUAAAAUCAGAUGGCUGCCGCAACAGAACGCUGCGCACUUUCUACUGUCCACAAACGACAAAACCAUCAAAUUAUGGAAGAUCAGUGAAAGGGAUAAACGAGCAGAAGGAUACAACCUUAAAGACGAGGAUGGACGACUGCGAGAUCCGUUUCGAAUCACAUCACUACGGGUUCCUGUGCUGAUGCCGAUGGACUUGAUGGUUGAAGCCAGUCCCCGCAGAAUAUUUGCAAAUGCACAUACAUAUCACAUCAAUUCCAUUUCAGUAAAUAGUGAUUAUGAAACAUACCUUUCUGCAGACGACCUCAGAAUAAAUCUCUGGCAUUUAGAAAUCACAGAUAGAAGUUUUAACAUUGUAGAUAUAAAACCAGCCAAUAUGGAGGAGCUGACGGAGGUGAUAACGGCGGCCGAGUGUCACCCGCACCAGUGUAAUGUGUUUGUGUACAGCAGUAGUAAAGGCACCAUCCGCCUGUGUGACAUGAGGUCCGCCGCGCUCUGCGAUAGACAUAGCAAAUUUUUUGAGGAGCCAGAAGACCCCAGCAGCCGGUCGUUCUUCUCCGAAAUCAUCUCCUCCAUAUCCGACGUCAAGUUCAGCCACAGCGGCAGAUACAUGAUGACCCGCGAUUACCUCUCCGUUAAGGUUUGGGACCUGAACAUGGAGAACCGACCCGUAGAGACCUACCAGGUACACGAGUACCUACGUAGCAAGUUGUGCUCGCUCUACGAGAACGACUGCAUUUUCGACAAGUUUGAGUGCUGUUGGAACGGUUCAGACAGUGCCAUUAUGACGGGUUCCUACAACAACUUCUUCAGGAUGUUCGACAGGAACACGCGCAGAGACAUCACACUGGAGGCGUCGAGGGAGAGCAGUAAACCCCGUGCCAUGCUCAAACCCCGCAAGGUCUGCACCGGCGGCAAGCGGAAGAAAGACGAAAUCAGCGUCGACAGCCUGGACUUCAACAAGAAGAUCCUACACACUGCCUGGCACCCCAAAGAGAACGUCAUAGCUGUGGCCGCCACCAACAACCUGUAUAUAUUCCAGGACAAAAUGAAUUAAGCAACGAGAGAAAGUGAUUUAAAAACCAAGAAGAAAUGUAAAUCAAGAAAAAAAUAAAGAGAAACAUCCCCUUACACCCCGAUUCCUCCAGCGAAAAGUCGGAGGACGCUCAAGAAAUCUCAAACUUUGCAAGUGAUAAGUUUAAGUCGUUAAAUCUGGAUAGGAAAUAUGGCCGCGAUGUCGUCCUGAAAGAGAUGCACUUGUUUUACACCAGGAAGUUGAAAGACAGACCGUAUAUUUUGGAAAAUUGAAAUAAUUCCUGAUGAUCCCCUCCCAAACCCUUCAAAAAGAUCCGAAGGCCAAUAUCGACCAACUCUCCAAUAACGGAAUCAGCAUUAAGAUGCUCGAACAACUUUGCAGAUGUAUUUGUCUUUCGGCUGAGCCUUACGUUUUUAUGAUUUGACGACCAAAAGUACAGAUGUGCACCAGGAUGAGCAUCGUCCCGCUGUCGAUCGUAUGUACUCGCAGGCCUUCAUGAGCGCUUGUUUAUUGCCUGUCAACAUUCCUUCCCCCGGCCCGACUCUCAGGGCCGUCUCGUUCUACCUUUUUAGCACUUAAAAACAGGUCUCCAUUUUUUUUUGGUCAGUGGACAGUUUCUUUUUCCGUUUUUAUUUUGGUUCUGUUUUUAUUUUAUACUUCAUUUUUUUCUUGUUUUCUCAUGCAUAAUAUCUACUCACUGACUGUAUCUAUAUAUUACACCAUCUGGUGUCAAACCACUUAAUAAAAGUAACAUAACUACAAAGACGACAAGCGUUUUUUACAUUAUGAGCAGGUAUGUGUGAUCUUUUUAUGUUCUAGAUUUGCAUGUAAUCUGCAUAUGUAGAUCAGGAGCGCGCCAGUGGUUAAAAUGUGAAAUCAUCCUGCUGAACUCCAAAUCGGCAGCAUUAUUGGGGGAAUUUUAACCAUUUUUGGUAACACUUUAUAAUAGCUACACACUAUAAAUCGUUUAUUAAGCAUUAGCCAACAGUAAAUUGGUUAUUCGUUAAGCAUUAACUACAUUAACAGAUGUUAGUAAGCUUUUUAUAACCGGUACCAUGCUGUAUUUUUGACUUAUAAGCGCAUAUAUAUUGUGCAUAAUGAUUGUAUUUUCAUACUUUAAUCUUUACUAAAUUAAGUAUUGCAUCAUUUACAAACCAGUUAUUUUAGAGAAGUUGCUGAUGUUUAAAGAUUAUUCAGAAUAUGUAAGUAAAUGAUUAAUAAACUAUUCCAAUUAACAUUUAUAUAUCUUAUUCUUCAGGCAUAUACUAAUAGCUAACUUUGCAUGUUAAUAAAUCCUUGAUUAACUCAACUUGCAGGUUUGGAUUGAAUAAUAUACUGACACAACUCUGAUAAAUAGUAACAAGCAGUUAAAUAAUAAUGAUAUCCUAUGGAUAAAAGGUUAAUCAGGUGGUUAUGAUGCCUGUUAAAUGAUUAAUUUUUCAGUACUAAAUUAAGUAUCGCAUUAUUUUCAAACCGUUUGUGGUUAAAAGUAGUUGGUGGUUUUUAAGAUCGCUCAGAAUGUGCAAGUAAAUGAUUAAUAAACUAUUCAAAUCAACAUUUAUAUAUCUUAUUAUUCAGGCAUAGAGUUAUGGUCACUAUGUAUGUUAACAAAUGCUUUAACAACUCAACUUCAUGCAGUUUUGGGAUGUAAUCUAAAGUGAGGACUACUCAUGCUUUAUAAAUGCCUCAUAAAUGACAAUUAAAAUCUAAUUUGUUUUAGAUAAGCUUGCAAAGAUGUAUUUUUAAAUUGAUGCUUAGCCUUUAAUUAUCAUUUAUAAGGGAUUUACAAAGCAUAAAUAGUCCUCACUUUAGAUUAGAUCACACAUUAACUACACUAAAGUUGUGUUAAUAAGACAGUUAAUAGUUGUGUUAAUAAACAGUUGUGUUAAUAAAACAUUUAUGAACAUACAGAGUAACCAUUACUAUAUGCCUGAAUAAUAAGAUGUAUAUUAAUUUGAAUAGUUUAUUAUCUGAUCUUAAAAACCACCAGCUACUCUUAAAUACAAAUGGUUUGUAAAUAAUGCUCUGCUUAAAUUAGUAAUAAAAAAUUAAUCAUUAACUAAGUAUGAAAGUACGAUUAACACACACAUUUUGCAUGUAAAUUUAAGUCAAGAAUACAGCAUUUGUAGCUGUAUUUGUAAACUUCUUACUAUUGUCUUUUAAUGGUGAUGCUUAACAAAUGAUGAAUUAACUAAUUGCUAAUGCUUAGUAAACGAUUAAUGGUGUGUAAUUAUAAAGUGGUACCUUUUUUAAAGAGAAAAGCAUCAAAUGAAACAGUUUAAAUGUUGAAAUUCCCUCAUAAUGUGCGGAUUGGGAAGCAAAUCUCCAUAUUGUACUACUUGAAUAUACAGUUGCACUGUUUGAUUGAGGACGUUGGCCAUGAUGAGCGUCAGUAUUGCCGUCUGUUUCGCUUUAGAUCCUGUUUUUCUUUUUUUUCCCCGUUUUUACUUUGUAAAGGGAUUCUACCGCCUUAAGUCUGUUUGUUAUAACCCUCAGAUGAUUCCCAUUUGACUUUUACCCAAAUGCAUUAUUAUUUUUGUUCUUUUAACACUCCGUUUAUCCGUUCAUGUGCUGCUGUGGUUUGAGCGGCUUACGCUGAAAAAAAUGAUUCAUUGGAUUUGCUUAAUUUUUAGUAGAUGCAAACAAUUCAUAUGGGCUGAAUUCAAACAAAUUAAAUGUAGUAAUGUUCAACUCAAUUUGUUUAAAUUCAGCCUAUAUAAAUAGUUUGCAACCACUUGUGUUAAAAAAAAAAAGUGUAAAUCCAAUGUAUUUUUUUCAGUGUAGUAUUUGGACACUAAUAUACGAGAUAUAUACGGUCAUCGUAGAAAACACUGAAAUCGAAAGCGAAGUGUCGAGUGCCUCUUGAGACGAAACUGACUUUCCUCCAGUCAAUCGAAGUUGCGCAAAAAAAUACAAGAAAAAUGAUCUGAUCCGAACGGAUUUCUUAUCGGUUUAAAGAAACCGAUGACAACAUGCUGUUUGCGCGCUGCUGAAUUUUGACAUGCGGCUGCAAAACUGAUGACAAACAUAACGUAACGGUUGACGAAUACAAAAAAGUUGUUGUAUAGCUGAUUGUGACGCUCUUUAAAUCUGGGAACCGACAGGUCAGAUGCGUACUCACAGACCUUGUUCCUUGUUAAAUGAUGAUGAUGAUGAUGCUAACAUUGUGAAAGUGUACACUUGUUUGAUUAUUUUUGACCAAAGUUAAAUAAAAUUUUAAUUGUGUUUAUCUGAA